CCCCUGCCAAGGUCUCGGUGUGUGGAUAGUUGCUUGCCUGGGUUUGUCAAGCUGGUUGAUGAAGAUAAACCAGUUUGCUGCUACAGUUGUAUUCCUUGUGCAGAAGGGACCAUCUCCACCCAGGAAGAUGCCAAACAUUGUCUGAGAUGCCCCAAGGACCGGCACCCCAACAAGGAACGGGAUCAGUGUGUUCCUAAGGUGAUCACUUUCCUAUCCUAUUCAGAAGAUCUGGGAGUCAUCCUUACUUCCUUCGCUUUACUUUUCUCUUUGAGCUCCGGCUUUGUUUUAAACAUAUUCAUUAAGCACCUGGAAACCCCAGUAGUCAAAGCCAACAACCGGGACCUGUCCUACCUGCUCCUCAUUGCCCUCCUGCUUUCCUUCCUGUCUUCCUUCCUCUUCAUUGGCCAGCCAAGGAGAGCUACCUGCCUUCUGCGACAAGCUACCUUCAGCAUCAUAUUCUCCAUAGCCGUGUCUUCUCUUUUGGCCAAAACCAUCACAGUGGUGCUGGCCUUUCUAGCCACCAAACCAGGAAAUAGCAUGAGAAAAUGGCUGGGGAAGCCUUUGGGCAACUCCAUUGUCCUUUGCUGCUCUUUUAUCCAAGUUAUAAUCAGCACUAUCUGGUUAGGUACUACUCCCCCAUUCCCAGACUCAGAUAUGACUUCCCAGACCAGAGAGAUUGUCCUGCAAUGCAAUGAAGGCUCUGUUGCAAUGUUCUACACUGCUCUCUGCUACAUGGGCUUCCUUGCAGCCAUCUGCUUCACAGUAGCUUUCCUGGCCCGGAGGUUGCCUGGCGCCUUCAAUGAAGCCAAGCUAAUCACCUUCAGCAUGCUGGUCUUCUGUAGUGUUUGGAUCUCCUUUAUCUGUGAAGUAUCUGAAAUUAUCUGUGCUGUUACAUUAGAUCUUUUAGAUUCUUCUGCACACAAUACUUAA